AGCAUGUGCAAAUAUUAUGUGUAUAUUAUGUGGUAAUAACAGUGUCGUAUGUAUUAAGUCUAUCCUCAAAAUCUCCUCAAACCAUGGACUCUCAAGUGUCUUUGCCACCAUCCACCGCCACAAGUCUCUCGUUUAAGGUGCAUCGCCGGCAGCCGAAGCUGGUCACUCCGGCUAAGCCAACGCCACGAGAGCUGAAGCCUCUUUCCGACAUUGACGACCAAGAAGGACUGAGAUUUCAAAUCCCGGUUAUCUUUUUCUAUAGACCUAACCUUACAAGUAAUCUUGAUCCGGUCCAAGUGAUCAGGAGAGCCCUCUCCGAGGCGCUGGUUUACUAUUACCCGCUCGCUGGUAGGCUCCGGGAACUUUCAAACCGGAAACUCGCGGUGGACUGCAACGGAGAAGGCGCUUUGUUCAUUGAAGCCGAUGCUGACGUGGCGUUUGCAGAGUUGGAGGAAGCGGAUGCUCUUCUUCCUCCUUUCCCUUGCUUAGAAGAGCUUCUCUUUGACGUAGAAGGCUCGAGUGAGUUGCUCAACGCUCCUUUGCUUCUCGUCCAGGUCACGCGCCUGAAAUGCGGUGGAUUUAUAUUUGCCCUCCGAUUCAACCACACCAUGACCGAUGGAGCCGGUCUGUCCCUCUUCCUGAAGUCACUGUGCGAGCUGGCGUGUGGGUUACACGCGCCAUCGGUUCCUCCGGUGUGGGACCGACAUUUGCUGACUGCAAGCGUCUCCGCCCGUGUAACCCACACGCACCGGGAGUACGACGCUAACGUGGAGCCUGAAGCGGUAGUUGCCGGAGACUUUUUGGUUAGUCGGUCUUUCUUUUUUGGGGCGGACGAGAUCUCGGCUAUACGGAGACUCCUCCCGCAUGGUCUCCACAACACCACUUUCGAAGCGUUGACUUCGUUUUUGUGGCGUUGUCGGACGGUUGCACUGAGUCCUGAACCGAACACUGAGAUGCGAAUGACAUGCCUCGUCAACUCGCGUUCCAAGCUUAGCAACCCUCCGCUACCGUCGGGCUACUACGGAAACGUCCUUGCCAUUCCUGUGGCGAUAGCGACCGCAAAAGAUCUGACGGAGAAGCCGCUUGAGUUUGCUCUGAGGUUGAUACAAGAGGCCAAGUCGAGCGUGACAGAGGACUACGUCCGUUCGGUGACGGCCUUAAUGGCAACUAGAGGCCGUCCUAUGUUUGUCGCGGCAGGGAACUACAUCGUGUCGGAUUUGAGACAUUUUGAUUUGGGAAAAGUUGAUUUCGGGCCGUGGGGUAAGCCGGUGUACGGUGGAACCGCUAAGGCCGGUAUCGCCGUUUUUCCGGGAGUGAGCUUUUAUGUGCCGUUUAAGAAUAAAAAAGGCGAGACGGGAAUCGUCAUGGCGAUUAGCUUGCCGGUUCCUGUAAUGGAGAAAUUCGCGGAAGAACUCGACCGUGUAUUAUGAAACAUUCAUAAUGUGGGUCUUCGCUCUAAGAGCUUAAUUACUUGAGACAUUAUCAUCAAUGUACUACCUCAAUCGUCUUUGAUCUCAUGAACACACUCAAAAGGACACUCUCAAAUAUGAUCCUCACAAUGUCAUUUGGUUGUUGUCUUGGAUCUAAAUAUGUUCAUGGAAAUUAUCUGAAAGUUCGUGGUCUAUCCACUGUUACGUGUGCCACAUGAUAGGCUAUUUUAACAUAAAUAUGAAACAUUGUUUUCAACUAUUAAUAUGAAA